AUGGCCCUUCUGGCCCCAGGGAGCGCUGUGCCGUCCGCCCUGGUGGCCCUCACGGUCUUCAGGGCCUCCGCCUGGGCCUGUCUCCUCUGCUUCACGUCUUACAACGAGCGCCAACAAAUCUGCCAGAUGUUCGCCGGCCUGGAGAGCCCCGACCUCGGGAAGUGUGAGGAGGCCUUAACAGAUGCCUUUAAGGGCCUCCUGGACACUGAAAUCAACUACGAUGAAAGGAGCCACCUGCACGACGCCUUCACCCAGAUGACCCACUCCCUGCAGGAGGUGGCCGCUGCCCGGGGGUCCUUUCGGGUUGCCUUUCCUCAUGCCGCGGAGAAAAUGCAGAAGAUUAUAUUACAGCUUAAAGAAGUCCAGGCCUGCAUCCCUCCCUGCGGACUCCAGGAGGUCGCCCGGCGUUUCCGCUGCCGAGGGUGCUACUCCACUGUCUGCAACCUCCCGCUAGACUGCCCAGUUCAGGACUUGACGGUGACUCGGGGUCAUCAGGCUAUGUUCUUUUGCACUGUGAACUUCCAGCUGCCUAAAGAAGAGAUCACCUAUUCCUGGAAGUUCGCAGGAGGAGGUCUCCGGACUCAGGACCUGUCCUACUUCCGAGACAUUCCGCGGGCCCGAGGAUACCUGGCACGGAUCCGGCCGGUGCAGCUCACGCACCGCGGGACCUUCUCUUGCGUGAUCACACACGACCAGCGCCCUCUGGCGCGGCUCUACUUCUUUCUGAACGUGACAGGUCCGCCACCGCGCGAGGAAACUGAGCUCCAGGUCUCUUUUCGGGAAGUGUUGCGCUGGGCGCCACGGGAGGGGGAGAUGAUCGAGCCCUGGACGCCCAGCCUGGGCGAGCUGCUGGCCAGGCCCGAGGCUCUGACGCCGGGCAAUCAGUGCCUGCUCGCGGCCGCUGUGGCCUUAGCCUCAGCCAGUGCGACCGUGCUGGCGUGGAUGUUCUUUCGAUGGUACUGCAGCGGUGACUAACGUAUCUUUUUUAUCCUAUUUCCAUCCCUAAAAUAAAGAAUCUAUUUCAGCUCUCUAGAUUCUUUCAUCUUCAAAGGUGGUCACUACUAACUUAGGAGGAAGAGCGGCACACCCCACAGAUGCCCAGGUGCCCAUGCCCCCGUCACGACGGUAAUAGGCGCAGCUGUCACAGUGCAGGGUCCUGUACUGAGGCUUUAGGUGCAAGCCCAGACCCCUUCCCGGAUUUCUGGCAGCAUCCUGGACAUUUCCGCCUGCAGCAGUCACCCUUAAAGAGUCCUUGAUAUCGCCCUGAAAGCCUGUUUCCUCCCCCAAGACUUUCUCGCUGUCAUAAAGGGCACCAUCAUCCACCCAGCUGCUCAGCCAGAAACCGAAGUUGAGUUUAUUUCCUCCUCCACUUCCAAUCUAGUUCCAAAUCUCAGCCUUUUCAAUUCCUAAAUAUCUCAUGGAGUUGUUCUCUCUCUGUGGUCCGCCACCAUCUCUUGGGUGGAUCACUGCAGCAGCCAGUCCCCUCUGGCCUCCCUGGCUCUGCUCGGCCUUGUGCCAGCGCAGUGCAUUCUCCACAAAGCAGCCAGAGUGAUUUUUUUUUUUUUUUUUUUUUUUUUUUUGCUACUUUGGCUAAGGUUUUAUUUUUUUUAAUUUUUAUUGGAGUGUAGUUGAUUUACAAUACUGUGUUCCUACUGUACAGCAAAGUGAAUCGGUUAUACAUAUACAUAUAUCUACUCUUCUCUAGAUUCUUUUCCCAUACAGGUCAUUAACAGAGUACUGAGUAGAGUUCCCUGUGCUAUACAGUCGGUCCUUAUUAGGUAUCUAUUUUAUAUAUAGUAGUGUGUGUAUGUCCAUCCCAAGCUCUAGAGUGAUAUUUUGAAGUUUGUCAGAUCAGGUCACCCCUCUGCUCAGAAAGAACCCUUCAGUGGCUCCCCAUUGCCUUUGGAACAAAAUCCAGUUCCUUGUCAAGGCCUCCAAAGGCCCCCAAGGUUCUGGUUAACUUUGUCCCAGCCCACUCUUCCCCCUUGAUCUUUCUGUCUCGCAGUUCCUCUGGCCUUUGCUCAUUCGUUGUAUUCAUCAUGAUUCUUCUAUUCUCUCCAGGACCUGGGUACAUACUAUUUUCUGCCUAGAAUAAUGUUCCCUUUUUUUGUCUAGUUAACUCAGUUAUGAUUUCCCCUGAAUGGCCUUUACAUGCAUUAACCCAUUUAAUCUCCAGGACAAGGCUGCGUGGGCGGACACUGUGUUUAUGUGCCUGACUCCACCUCCCUCUCCUCCCCCUCUUUACUCUCUAGCCCCACUGGCCUUCUUUUUUUUGUCCCUUGAACAUGCAAAGUUCAGUCCUGUCCCUGCGCCUCUGCACAUGCUGUUCUUCCUACUUGAAAUGACUUUACUCUGAACCUCACAAAGCCACCUCCCUCUCAUUGCACAGGUGCCAGCUCAAAUGUCACCUCUGACUACUCCCCUCCUCCCACAUGACAUCCCCCUAUUUUAUUUUAUUUUUAAUUUUUUUAUUUUUUUUUGGCUGUGCCAUGAGGCUUGGGGGAUCUUGGUUCCUGACCAGGGAUCGAACCCGGGCCCUCCACAAUGAAAGCACUGAGUCCUAACCACUGGACCACCAGGGAGUUCCCAACAUCCCCCUAUUUUAGCUUGUGCAUUAUAUGUGUUCAGGCCUAAUGUAAACUUAUUUUUUAAUUUGGUUUUGUGUCUUCCCCACUUAAAAGGUAAGCUCCUUCAUAUUCUUAUUCACCGAUGUUUUCCCCUUCACUGAGUCAUUCAAUCAGCAAAUAUUUACUGAGCGUUUACUAUGUGCCAGGCAUUUUCAAGGCACUGUAGACACAGCAAUGAAGAAAUCAGAACAGACAAAAAUCUGCACCCUCAAGAUAGGCGGAGGGGAUUAAGAGAUACAAGCUAUUAUGUAUAAAAUAAAUAUGCUACAAGGAUAUAAUGU